AUGCCUAAAUAUUAUUGUGAAUAUUGUGAUAUAUAUUUAACACACAGUUCACCAGUUGGUAGAAGACAACACAUUCAUGGAAGAAAACACAUAAGUGCAAAAAUAGAAUAUUUUCAAAAUUUGUUGAGAGAAGAAGGUAUUACACCUCAAAACUUUUUAGGUUUUUUGAAUAAUAGAAAUUAUAACAAUUCAAUGGUAUAUCCAAUGAUGAAUUAUAUGCCUAAUAAUAUAAAUAUGUAUAUGAAAUAUAAUCAAAUGAAAAGUUAUCAACACCCUUUAAGAAAUGUUAAUACAUUUCGUUUAAAUGUACCUAAUAAUAAAUAUUCAAGAGUUGGUUAUUUUCCACCUAAUGCUGCAAAAUGUCCACCUAAUCAAGUACAAAAUAUAAAUUAUCCUAAUAAUAAUAAAUAUCCUAAUAAUUCCCUUACCCACCCUAAUAUCAUUAAUGUAAAUAACAAAAACAGUAAUUAUAUAGGUAAUAAUCAACUUAGUAAUAAUCUAGAUUUAAAUGAUACAAAUAAAAACUCUAUCACUAAUACAACAGGAAACCCAACUUCCUUUAAUGAUAAUAGUUGUCAAAUUAUGAACGAAAAUAACUUGAAUAAUAUAAAUAAUAAUCUAAAUAAUGACAAUAGUAAUUUAAAUAAUGCAAAUAAUAUAUUAAACAAUACAAACAAUAAUUUGUACAACGAAAUUAAUAAUUUAAAUAAUACUACUAAUAGUAACACAAAUAACACAUACAAUAAUCCAAAUGACAUAACUUAUAACUUAAAGAAUAAUAACAAUCAUGGUAUCCUAAAUCAAAAUGGUUUAAAAAGUAACUAUAAUCAAAAAGAUAUAAAUCCUGAAGUAAACUCUGAUAAUAAUUACACAUAUGAAAAAAAUUUAAAUAAUUAUAAUAAUGAAGUUAAUCAUCAUUAUAACAAUGAUAAUGUAAUAAAUGAAAAUGACAAUAAUGAAUAA